AUGCUUCACGUUGAGGAAGGCACCAAUAUCCCGCUCGACCCGGAACUGCCACAACAUUUCUAUGAAAGCCCGUGGGUACAGCAGACCAUAAAGGAGUUUGAGGCCUGCCCCGCCGCGGCCUACAAAGACAUCAGAGGAAUACUCAUAGCGAUGAUUGCGCUACGCAACGCCACACGGACGGGCGAGUUCGUCCAUCUCCAGAUGAAGCAUGUGCACAAGGCCGUCCCGUUCGGGAACAACAUGAACAUGUCCAUCCGCCUGGAGGUCCACAAAACAGCACUGUCCGGCAAGUUCGCAUACCUGCACAUGUCAAAGAAGGUAUAUGACAUGCUGUUAGGGUACUGCAAGGUGGUAAUCAAGGACCAGGGAGACGGUGACCAGUACGUGUUUGGCGAAGGAGACCCCUACGCCAGGAACAAUGCUGUCAACCGAUGGCUACAAAAGGCCUGGGCAAAUGCCGGAAUGCAACAGAUGUACCCCGGAUUUAUCAUGAGCUUAACCAACAUCAGGAAGCGUCUUACGGGACUUGUUAGAACCGAAGACCCCAGCAAGGCGGCACCGAUGGCCCCCUACAUGAAGCAUAGGGAGUCAACUGCUGACCGAUUUUAUGCGGUUCACAAGCAGCUCAAACAGUCGGAGAAGAUGUACCUCUUUGUGGACCAGGUUCAGUCCAAGAAAAACAGAUCUCCAGCCCUCCCAUCCGCCGCGGCUGCCCCCCUCGUGCCAGAGGUCAAGCCAGGGCCAUCAGUAGACCCUGAGGAUGAUAUCAGUACGGAGGACGAAAGCUCUUCUGACGACAUGGAGAAUUUCCUGGGCGACAUUGAGGACAGAUGUUACGAGGCGCGUCAGGCGGCGUGUACGGACUCCUCCUCCUCCGCCAUUUCCACAGACUCUGAGGACCCGUACUGCCCGCAGCUUUCCAGCAAUCAGAGGUGGAUUCAAGCGACGAAGGUCUCCUCUGAUGAGUCUGAGGACUCUGACAAGCAAACAUGCCCUACACCUUCAAAUUCACUUCCAACAAAGGCGUUACACUGCCUCAGACUCAGAAGAAGAUGAACACAGUUCAGAAGAUGCCUGGUACUCUGAAAUAGAUAGUGAUUGGUGUCAGCCAAAUGAAAAUACUGUUUGGUUUGAUGCGAAAGAAGAUGCAGGUGUCACUGAUGAUACAGACGAAAAUGUUUGGUUUGAUGCGAAAGAAGAUGUAGGUGUCAUUGAUGAUACAGACGAAAAUUCAACGAACCAUUUUGCCAACAUGACUGGGGAUUCAAACUCCACAACCAGUGAUGAACCAUUGUAUCAAGGAGCCCCUAUUUUAGUUGCUGAAAGUGCUAUUUUGAUAUUGACUUUUGCAAUGAGACACAAUCUUACAGGGGAGUGUUUGUCUGACUUGCUAACACUUAAUUCUCUGCACUGUGUUACUACAAGUUUCCUACACUUAUCGUUGUACAGAUUUAGGUCUUAUUUCAGUGCUUUGAAAUCUCCUUUGUUGUUUCAUAAGUUCUGCAGUAAAUGUGAUUUUAUAAUGGAUGAAUCAUCUGGUGUAUGUAUUGUUUGUAAAAGUGAUUUGAGUGAAAAGGGUAAUGUGUCAUACUUUGUUGAAAUACCAUUGAUAUUUCAAAUACAGCAAUUAUUUCAAAGAUCAGACUUUCAUCUAAAGCUUCUGCAUCGAUUUUCUAGAAAAAAGAAAGAUGAAAACAAUAUUGAAGACAUUUAUGAUGGGAAAUUAUACAAAGCGCAUUCUGGAUCUGGUGGCUUCUUGGAUUCUCAUAGUAACAUUUCAUUAAUGUGGUAUACAGAUGGUGUGCCUCUUUUUAAGUCCUCAAAAGUUAGUAUUUGGCCAUUAUUCCUUUCAAUUAAUGAACUGCCAGCACAGUACAGGUUCAAACAAGAGAACAUAUUGUAUGCAGGACUUUGGUUUGGAAAUUUUCAAAACCUUCAAUGUCAUGCUUUUUGAAACCUUUUCAUGAUAGCCUGAAUGAAUUUAAGGAUAUUGGAUGUACAAUUAACUGUAUUCAUUGCUCAUCUAUAACAGUAAAGGGGAUGCUGUUAUGUGGAACAUGUGAUUUACCAGCCAAAUGCAUGGUUCUGAAUAUGACUCAGUUUAAUGGCAAGUAUGGAUGCCCAAAAUGCAAACAAGAAGGAGAAGUAGUAAAAACUGGAAAACUGCAUACAAGAGUGUUUCCAAUU